UCACUCUGUCCCAGAAUAUCAAGAGCUUCCAGUGUUUGUUCUCAUUUCUGAAUUCAUCUUCCUCUUACUCUAUUUGGUAAAUCGCUACAGAUGAACUCCCCGGAAUAUCUCAAAUCGCCCCUUCUGGGUUCAGGGUCAGAAAGCGGCGAUUCCACACUGUUUUCCACCCAGGAGUAUGAACGCGAGCAAAAGCCGCGAGCGAAAGCGAGCUGGUACACUUACAUGGUGUUAUCGGUAACAAUUAUUUUGGCAUGGACAUCCGGCCUCCUUUUAUACAACCAUUACACGACUAACUCUCCUUAUGCCCUGACCCACCGAGGAGAAUGCGGGUGGUCGGUUGCAGAAGCAAAAACAAACGACUGCGUUUUCGAUAUUAUGAUGUCCUCGUGGCUACCCAAGCCGUGUUACGACAAAGAGCUCUCGGAUCGAUAUCUCGCUGUUAACAACUUCACAUUUUGGGAGCACAGCAAGGGUACGGGUCAGCUUUCACUAGAAGAGGUGCAGAAAGGAGAAUUCGAUAUCAUCUUCACUCACGCCACAUAUCACACCCAGCACUGCCUUUUCCUCUGGGAAAAGCAAAUCAAGGCUGCAAACUCAAGACGCCCAGUCUUGGACUCCAUUACAAGAAAUCAACAUCAUAUAGAGCACUGUAUAAGGAUCCUGACCGCUCACACAGCCGAGAGCUAUACCUCGACUCAGACAUCGUUCUUUAAGACUGGAACGCCGAUUCACGUAAAGCCGCAGAACCAGAUAUGCUGGGAGGGUUGAAAGUGCCUGUGAAAGGGGCUACGAGAAGGUUCCUCAGAUGAGGAACUCGGAUAUUGAUGUCCUAUUUUGCGGUAGCUAAAAAAUGGAAUCGGGAUUGAAAUUCUUGGCUAGAUUUGUUUUAAAGACGAUCUUUUCCACCCAACAUAAUUGUGUAUUUUAUUAAAAAUUUGUCGCACAGGAACCGUUUUACUUAGCCAGG